AUGAGCCCUCCACUGCUGAAGCUUGGUGCUGUUCUUAGUACCAUGGCAAUGAUCUCUAACUGGAUGUCCCAAACUCUCCCAUCUCUGGUAGGACUAAAUACCACCAGAAUAACCACUUCAGAUACUCUAACUCAGAUUAGCCCCAAGGAAGGGUGGCAAGUUUAUAGUUCAGCCCAGGAUCCUGAUGGCCGUUGCAUUUGCACUGUUGUUGCACCUGAACAAAACCUAUGUUCAAGAGAUGCCAAAAGCAGGCAACUCAGACAACUGCUUGAGAAGGUUCAGAAUAUGUCCCAAUCUAUUGAAGUUUUAAAUCUACGGACUCAGAGGGAUUUCCAGUAUGUUUUAAAAAUGGAAACACAAAUGAAAGGGCUGAAGGCCAAGUUUCGGCAAAGUCGGAAGACAUUAAUGACAAAGCAUUUUCAAGAGUUAAAAGAAAAGAUGGAUGAGCUCCUGCCACUGAUCCCAGUUCUGGAACAAUACAAAACUGAUGCCAAAUUAAUCACCCAGUUCAAGGAGGAAAUUAGGAAUCUGUCUACUGUCCUCACUGGGAUUCAGGAAGAAAUUGGUGCUUAUGAUUAUGAGGAACUACACCAGCGUGUACUCAGUUUAGAAACCAGGCUUCGAGACUGCAUGAAAAAGCUCACAUGUGGCAAAUUGAUGAAAAUUACAGGCCCCAUUACAGUCAAGAUAUCCGGAACCCGAUUUGGAGCCUGGAUGACAGAUCCAUUAGCAUCAGAGAAAAAUAACCGAGUCUGGUACAUGGAUAGUUACACUAACAAUAAAAUUGUCCGUGAAUAUAAAUCAAUUGCAGACUUUGUCAGUGGGGCUGAAUCAAGGACAUACAACCUUCCAUUCAAAUGGGCAGGAACCAACCAUGUUGUCUACAAUGGCUCCCUCUAUUUCAACAAGUAUCAGAGCAACAUCAUCAUCAAAUACAGCUUUGACACUGGGCGGGUGCUUGCACAGCGUAGCCUUGAGUAUGCUGGCUUUCACAAUGUCUACCCUUACACCUGGGGUGGCUUCUCUGAUAUUGACCUGAUGGCAGAUGAAAUUGGGCUAUGGGCUGUGUAUGCCACCAACCAGAAUGCAGGCAACAUUGUCAUCAGCCAGCUAAACCAGGAUACGCUGGAGGUGCUGAAGAGCUGGAGCACAGGCUACCCAAAGAGGAGUGCUGGAGAAUCCUUCAUGAUCUGUGGCACCUUGUAUGUUACUAACUCUCACUUAACAGGAGCCAAGGUCUACUAUUCUUAUUCCACAAAAACCUCCACCUACGAGUAUACAGACAUUCCUUUCCAUAAUCAGUAUUUUCAUAUAUCCAUGCUUGACUACAAUGCAAGAGAUAGAGCUCUCUAUGCCUGGAAUAACGGACAUCAAGUCCUGUUUAACGUCACCCUUUUCCACGUCAUUAAAACUGAAGAUGACACAUAAUUUUCUUUCCCUUCCCUUUCCCCCACCUCCCUCCCUCAAAGGGGUGUCAUUUGUGAUAAACUCUAAAAGCAUCCAUCUCUCUCAGUUCCUUUUAAUUUACAUUUCUUUUUUCAUUCAGGAAAAAGCAACAUUUUCUACCAUAUAAUGCAUUUCAAAUACGGCUGAGCCUGUCAAAAAUGACCUGUUGGAAAUGAAAGUAUUUUAACUCAUGAUUCUACAAGGUCUAUCAAGACCUUGUCUUGAAAAGCACUCAAGAGGAUUUAAGUGGCUAAAGACAGUUUUUAAAAGAUUAUGAUCUGCCUUAUUUUAGAGUCAGAGACUAAUGGUGGCUUAAAUGCAUGAAUGUCUUUUUUUACCUCAUUUUUGGUUUUAAUCUAUUGCUUAACUUCAGGAAAUAUUUUGGUAGUAUCAGACACAUAUUGCACACUGUAUUUUUUUAUUUAUUCCAAAAGAAAGAUUUAGGAAUUUAAUUUACUUGGACAUGGAGUAUGAUUCAUUUUGCCAUCACCCAAUUUCAGAUGUGGUGCUGUACAGUAUGUUUUUAAAUCUCUUGCAAACAUUUUAUCAACAGUAUGUAUUUCUACCAUUGUAACCACCAUUGUGCAAUUGUAUCUCUUCACUUAUGUGAAAGUAAACCAAGUACUAUUUUUUAUAAAACAUAUUGAAGCUUAAUUGCA